AUGGAAGAAGCAUUCACGGCUGGUAAAGCUCAUAUUAUGUUGGACGAUUAUCAUAUUGAUUUUAAGCACAAACUUCAAAUCUUAAACAACGAUCUUAAAAGACAACGACCUAUCAAACGAAUGGAAUACAAUGGUUAUGAAAAGCGUGUGCGAUCGGAAAGAUUUUUACCAAAUCCUAUUGCCCCGCGACGUCCCUAUGGUGGUGUGUAUGGCUUUAUUUCACCUUUUGUAAAAGAAGUAGCAAAAGAUCUAAACCUAAAAAAAAAUCAACUGCCUUCGAAAAAUCCGGACAUCGUUUCGACGAUUGUAGAAAAAGCUGCAUUGGGUAUUAUUGAAGCAGGCAAAGAGGCUGGAAAGCAAAUUGAAGCUGAACGUAUAGCUAAGAUGUUAAGAGAAAAAAAAGAAGUAGCAGAAAUGAAGGAAGUAUGGAUAUGCUGUGCUCAUCUCUAUACGAUGGACACAUUCUUAUUCAAAAAAAUAAAUGAGGCUAUGCGACUGAUAGGAAGUGAAGAGCAUGAAGAAAUCUGGCGAAGUAAAGUACACACAUUGGGUCCAUUUUGUCUUCUUCUGUGGGAUAAUCCAUUCAACAGUAAAUCAGCCAAGCCAGGAACAAUACUUUAUCGUGGAACUCAACUGUCUGAUGAUUUGAUUGCCUCGUUCGAGGAUGAUUGUUCGAAGAAUCCAAAACCACCGCAUUCAUUCCAAGCGUUCACUUCAUGUACUCGAGAUCGCAAUGUAGCAGAGAUGUUCGGAAAUACCUUACUUAUUAUGAAAGUCAGCCUUGCUUUUACUGUUGAUCUUAAAACAUAUUCAAAGUUUCCUGAUGAAGAAGAAGAGCUAUUAUUUCCUGGUGUUUGCUUCACCAUCGAUCAAGUGAAUAUUGACAAAGACAAACAUUUGAUCUACUUAACUCUUCAGCAAAGGCACAACAGUAAGUCAGCAUAG